AUGUUUGUUAUUAUUGACCUUUGUACUCUGAAGACAUUGAAACUUGAAAUCUCCAACCGAAACCCUUAUUUGGUAAUUGUUUUUUUUAUUUUUGGGUUUGCUGUCUUGAAAUGGGGAGCAAGUAGCAGGCGCACCGCGUCAUUAAUUAGUGCAAGCUCUUGCACUCAUUUCGCUUUCAAAGUAACAACAGUUCAUAAUCUUCAAAAGAAUGUUAUAGGAUUACGUCUUGCCAAUAUCUAUGAUCUCAGUCCACGUGUCUUUUUGUUUAAACUAUCAAGACCUGAUUUCAAAAAGACAUUGAUCAUUGAAAGUGGGAUUAGAAUUCAUAGCACAAACUUUAUUAGAGAUAAAGGUGAUCAUACUCCUGCUCCCUUUUCAAUCACUUUAAGAAAAUAUUUAAAAACUAAAAGAUUAGAGAGUGUAAGACAAUUGGGUGUUGAUAGAAUUGUAGACUUUACAUUUGGGUCUGGUGUAGCAACACAACAUGUCAUUGUAGAGUUGUUUUCAAUUGGUAACAUUAUAUUGACCGAUGGUGAUUACAAGGUAUUGGCUAUUCUUCGUACACAUCAAUACACUGAAAACGACAAUAUUGCCGUGGGAGAUGUCUAUCCGGUGGACAAGGCCAGACCACCCUCUGUAUUCACAGAGGCACUCGUCGACAAUAUCAUCCAACAAGCUGCCGACAAAAAGGAUACUCUCAAGCAGGUAUUCAACAAGUCGUUGGAUUUUGGUCCUGAACUCAUCGAACAUUGUAUCUUGAUGGCCGGUCUUUCACCAAGUCUCAAGAUUGAGAGUUACAAUCACGAGGAGCAUGCAUCCAAGCUAAUCGAAGCAUUCAAAGAAGGACAAAAGAUAUUUGAUGUGGCUGUUCAAUCCAAAGGUUUCAUCGUAUUGAAACCACCCAAAGUAGAAUCAAAACAACAACAACAACAAAAGAAAAAGGCUGCCGAACAACAACAAUUGAAAAAGGAUGCCAUUGCUGGAAGUGGUGAAGAGGCUGCUACAGAGGAAAAGAAAGAAUUGGUAGUUUAUGAAGAAUUUGUACCAUAUCUUUAUAAACAAUAUCAAGAUAAAAAGUAUUUAGAGUAUGAUUCAUUUGAUUUGGCUGUCGAUCAAUUCUUUUCAGAGAUUGAAUCUCAAAAGGUUGAACAACAACGUAUGUCUCAAGAACAGACUGUAUUGAAAAAGUUGGACAAGGUACGUGAAGAUCAACAACGUAGAAUCGACAGUCUCUAUGCUUCAGAGGGUGAAAACAUCAAAAAGGCUCAAUUGAUUGAAUCCAAUCUUCAAGAUGUCGAUCAAUGUAUUCUUAUCAUUAGAAGUGGUGUUGCUGCUUCAAUGGAUUGGGGUAACCUUAAUCAAUUAUUAAAAGAAGAAAAGAAAAAGAAUCCUUAUUCUGUUGCAAACAAAAUUCAUAAAUUAAAAUUAGAUACAAAUCAAAUUACAUUAUCAUUAACAGAUUUACAUUUAGAUGAUGAUGAGGAUGAAGAAGAUGAAGAUGAAAAUAGUGAUGAUGACUCGGAAGAUGAAGAGAAAAAGAAAAAGAACCAAAAAAAGAAUGCAAAAAAGCCAGUAUUUAUAGAUGUUGAUAUUUCAUUGUCGGCCUAUGCCAAUGCAAGAAACUUUUACGAUUCAAAGAAACAAUCUCAUGAAAAGGCAGAGAAAACCAUUCAACAAGCAGACUUUGCUUUAAAGGCUGCCGAGAAAAAGGCUAGACAACAAUUGUCAGAAGUAAAGACCAAAUCAUCAAUGCAACAAAUGAGAAAGGUAUUUUGGUUUGAAAAGUUCCAUUGGUUUAUUAGUAGUGACAAUUAUAUCGUCAUCAGUGGUAAAGAUGCUCAACAAAACGAAUUACUCUUUAAAAAGUAUUUGGACAAGGACGACGUCUAUGUUCAUGCCGACAUUUUUGGUAGUACCAGUUGUGUCAUCAAGAAUCCAAAGGGUGGUGAAAUCCCACCCAACACACUCAUUCAAGCUGGUACCAUGACCAUGUGUUACAGUAAUGCUUGGAGUGCCAAGGUUGUCACCUCUGCCUACUGGGUCUACUCUCACCAAGUCUCCAAGACGGCUCCAUCUGGUGAAUUCUUGACAACUGGUAGUUUUAUGAUCCGUGGUAAAAAGAACUACCUUCCACACAGCCAGCUCGUCAUGGGUUUUGGAUUUAUGUUCAAGAUUGAUGACAGUUGCAUUGCCAACCAUCUCGGAGAGCGAUCAAGUGGAUCUUCACUUCUCAGAGACAGCAUGGAUGGUGAUCACGAUGAAGAUAUGAGAAUGGAGGAAUUGCCAGACGACAGUAAACAUUUACGUAAAUUUGAAAGAACAAAAUUAAAAAGAGAAAAGGAAGAAGAAAAGUUUAUGGAAAUGGAUGGUAUGCAAGUUUCUGAAGAUUUGGCAAAGACCAGUAGUACCACAACUACUACUACAUCCUCUACUACGACCUCUACUACUUCUACCAAUACACAAAAGGAUGAUAAAUAUAAAAUUAAAUUGGUCAGUAGUUACAAGGAUGAUGAAGAUGAUGAUGAUGAAGAAGAAGAAGAGGAAGGACAAGGAGGAGACGAUGAUGACAAGAGUGGCAAAAAGACCAAAUACAUUACUGCUGCUGAAAGACGUAAAAUGAAAAAAGAAAAGGAAAAGGCUACUAAAAAGGAUGGUGAUGAAGAGUUUACAAUCACCAAUCAAGCUCCACCACCAAAACCAGUCGUCACACCAAAAGAGGAAAUCGUUGCUCCAGUUUUAGCAGAAAAACCACAAAAGAAAUCAACAGUUGAACCUCAAAAACAUAUGACAAUGAGUCAAAAGAAUAAACUUAAAAAGAUUCAAGAAAGAUAUGGUCAUCAAGACGAAGAAGAAAGAAAGUUGGCAAUGGAAUUGUUGGGUUCGGCUGGUGCCAAAAAGGAAAAGAGAAAGGAUAAGAAAAAGGACAAGAAAAAUAACAAAAACCAACCACAACCAACAAAGGGUGGUAAACAACCAGCAGCUACAGUUGCUAAAAAGGAAGAAAAGAAACCAAUCAUUGUUGUUGAAGAAAAGAAGGAAACUCAAGUUGAAAAGGUUAUUGAAACUCCAAUCUUGGUCCAAGAACCACAAAAAGUAGAAGAAGAAGAAGAAGAAGAAUCAUCAAGUGAAGAAGAUGAUGACAAUGAAGAAGAAGAAGAAGGUAUUGAAGACAAGGAAAAAAAGAGAAAGUCAAGAAAAGAAAAAAGAGAAGACAAGAUAAAGGAACAAGAAGAAAUCAAGAAAUUAUUGGAAGAAGAAAAUGAAUCAACUGUAAAGGUUGAUGACAAUAUCUUUAGUAAUAUUGAUACAUUGACUGGUAACCCAUUGGAGAAUGAUAUCCUUCACUUUGCCAUCCCAGUGGUUGGUCCAUACACCAUCUUUAACAACUACAAGUACAAGGUCAAGUUGACACCAGGUCAUCAAAAGAGAGGAAAGGCUGCCAAGCAAGCUGCAGCCACCCUUCUCGGUCUCAAAAACAUCACUGCUCGUGAAAAAGAAUUGAUCAAGAUCAUCAAGGAUGAAGAUAUCUCUGCCAACAUGUUGGCAGAUGUUCGUCUCCAUGCUCCCAACCUUUUGGCCACCAAAAAGAAAGAAAAGGCUGAAAAGAAGGCCAAGGCCACCGAGAAAUUCAAUGAAGAGGCACAAGCUAAAAAAGAAAAGGAACAACAAAAGAAACCUGAAACUACUACUACUACUACUACUACAACAACAAAUAAUACAAAAGAAAAGAAAUAA